CGGGGGUUGGGGCUCGGAGCGAAGGGAGCAGCCCCGCCGCUGGAUGUUCCGCGGGGCGGCGCGGGGGCCUCCUCCUCCUUCUCCUCCUCCUCCUGCUGCUGCCGCCGCCCGGUGUGUGCGGCGGGGCGGGGCGCGGCUGCCGGGGGCGGCGGCGGCGGAUCGCGGCGGGCGCCCAAGAUGGACUAUGACUUCAAGGUGAAGCUGACCGGGGAGCGCGAGCGGGUGGAGGACCUCUUCGAGUACGAGGGCUGCAAGGUGGGCAGGGGCACCUACGGGCACGUCUACAAAGCCAAGCGCAAGGACGGGAAAGAUGAUAAAGAUUACGCUUUAAAACAGAUAGAAGGUACUGGAAUUUCCAUGUCUGCAUGCAGAGAAAUAGCAUUGCUACGGGAGCUCAAGCAUCCGAAUGUCAUUUCUCUGCAAAAGGUGUUCCUUUCUCACGCUGACAGGAAAGUGUGGCUUCUCUUUGACUACGCUGAGCAUGACCUCUGGCAUAUAAUCAAGUUUCACAGGGCUUCUAAAGCAAACAAGAAACCAGUUCAGUUACCUCGGGGAAUGGUGAAGUCGCUGUUAUAUCAGAUCCUAGAUGGUAUUCACUACCUGCAUGCUAACUGGGUGUUACACAGGGAUUUGAAACCUGCUAAUAUUUUAGUUAUGGGUGAAGGUCCUGAGCGAGGAAGAGUAAAAAUUGCUGACAUGGGCUUUGCCCGAUUAUUUAAUUCACCUCUGAAGCCUUUAGCAGACUUGGAUCCAGUAGUUGUAACCUUCUGGUAUCGAGCUCCAGAGUUGCUUCUUGGAGCAAGGCAUUAUACCAAAGCAAUUGAUAUUUGGGCCAUAGGGUGUAUAUUUGCAGAGCUGCUAACAUCAGAGCCAAUAUUCCAUUGUCGACAAGAAGAUAUCAAAACUAGUAAUCCUUAUCACCAUGACCAGCUGGACAGAAUAUUCAAUGUAAUGGGAUUUCCUGCAGAUAAAGAUUGGGAAGACAUAAAAAAGAUGCCAGAACAUUCAACCUUAAUGAAAGAUUUCCGGAGGAACACGUAUACCAACUGCAGCCUUAUCAAAUAUAUGGAAAAACACAAAGUUAAACCAGAUAGUAAGGCAUUCCACUUGCUUCAGAAAUUGCUCACUAUGGAUCCAAUAAAGAGAAUAACCUCAGAACAGGCUAUGCAGGAUCCUUACUUCUUGGAAGAUCCUCUUCCCACGUCUGAUGUUUUUGCAGGUUGUCAAAUCCCUUACCCAAAACGAGAAUUUUUAACAGAAGAAGAACCAGAUGAUAAAGGAGACAAAAAGAACCAGCAGCAGCAGCAGGGCAAUAACCAUACUAAUGGAACUGGUCAUCCAGGGAACCAAGACAACAGUCACACACAGGGACCCCCACUGAAAAAAGUGAGAGUUGUUCCUCCUACCACUACCUCAGGUGGACUUAUUAUGACCUCAGACUAUCAGCGUUCCAACCCCCAUGCUGCCUACCCCAACCCUGGACCAAGCACAUCGCAGCCACAGAGCAGCAUGGGAUACUCAGCUACCUCCCAGCAGCCGCCGCAGUACUCGCACCAGACGCACCGGUACUGAGCUGCACCCGGUGCCGGCGAUGCGCUGCGUGCCAGGAGCCCGCCUUGGGCCACAGAAUGUACUGUACAACCACACCUCCCACCUGUCCGACCGCCACGGGGCCGGGGGCCCCCACCUUGUACCUGGUUUUGGGGUUAGACUUGAAAAGAAAGUGCUAGCACGGUUUGUGUUGUGGAUAUGCUACUUCUGUAGUUUACUUGACAUGGUUCAGACUGACCGAUGCAUUUUUUUCAGUGACAGUCUGUAGCAGGUGAAGCUGUGAAAUGUGCUAGGGGCAAGCAUUUUUGUUGUCGUAUGUGGUGAAUUCUCUUGAUGUAACAACUUCAUCUGACCAAUAGUACACGACAUCUUUGAACUGGUACUUGAAGCAUACAGUAUAUGUUACCCAUGGCAAAAAAGCAAACUAACCGUAACUCUGAGACAGUUUUGAUAGACAUUUAUUUUUAGUGACUUUUGUGGGUUGGUUCAUUUUCCAGCUAGAUCGAUGUUUUAUGACCGACAUGAUUGCUACGAUGAGAUUUUUUUAAGAACAUGGAAGCGUUUGCAUUUUUUUCCAGCAAUUACAAGCAUCCCAAAGAUUUAUUUCCAACAUAAGUUUUUGUUUUUGUUUUGAAUUCUAUGACUUGACUGGUAUUAAAGCUGCUAUUUGAUAGUAAAAUAAGUAUGUUGUCAUUGAUAUAAACAUGUUUGGUUCAGCAAACCAACUGAAAUGAUUGUCAUAGACAGUGUUUUAUUUUUUUCCUGUUGGUGUUAAUGAUUUGUGAGCAUGCUUUGGGAUUAAAAAAGCAUGAAUGAUAUUUCCUAAAAAGGUGCGGCAUCCAUUCAGAUAUUUUGUCAUGAUUUUUGAGAACCAGCUUGGUGUAGUGGAUUUUAAAUUUUGUUCAGUUAUUUUAUUUUUUUUUUUAACGUUCGCACGUUGUUUAGGGGUGCCAUUCCUACUGCAGAGGAACAAGAUGUUAGGAGAGCCUUAGAAUUUAUGAGGAAAAACUUACAUACAAUGUACUGUAUCAAACUAUUUUACAUGAAUGACACAAGUAUUCUGAGUAAAAAAAAUCAAACAUUGUUAAAACAAGGUGUUAUGUAAUAAAUUUAUUUUUCAUAAAUCUGCA